AUGUCAAAAGAGGAUUUUCAAAUCAAGCCAGAGAGCGUGACUCCAUCAAAUAACACUUCGGAGUGGCCACUUUUAUUGAAAAACUACGAUAAACUUCUCGUUAGAUCGGGUCACUAUACCCCCAUCCCGGCUGGUUCUUCACCAAACAGUAGAGACCUCAAGUCAUAUGUUUCUUCUGGUGUUAUCAACUUGGAUAAACCAUCCAACCCAUCUUCGCAUGAAGUCGUGGCUUGGAUCAAGAGGAUAUUGAGAGUUGAAAAGACUGGUCAUUCAGGUACCCUUGACCCCAAGGUUACUGGGUGUUUGAUUGUUUGUAUUGAUCGUGCCACUAGAUUGGUCAAGUCUCAACAAGGUGCAGGUAAGGAGUAUGUGUGUAUUGUUAGGUUGCACGAUCAGUUGCAGGAUCCAAAGGAGUUGAAUAGAGCGUUGGAGAAUUUGACUGGUGCUUUGUUUCAAAGACCACCAUUGAUUUCAGCAGUCAAGAGACAAUUGAGAGUUAGGACUGUUUACGAUUCCAAAUUGAUUGAAUUCGAUAACAAGAGAGGAUUGGGUGUGUUUUGGGCUUCUUGUGAAGCUGGUACUUAUAUGAGAACAUUGUGUGUCCAUUUGGGUAUGUUGUUGGGUGUCGGUGGUCAUAUGCAAGAAUUGCGUCGUGUGCGUUCUGGUGCCAUGAGUGAGCUGGACAACUUGGUGACUUUGCACGAUGUUUUGGAUGCUCAAUACGUUUACGAUAACACUAGAGAUGAAUCUUACUUGAGAAAGAUUAUCCAACCAUUGGAAACUUUGUUGGUGGGUUACAAGAGAAUUGUAGUCAAAGACUCAGCCGUCAACUCUGUAUGUUACGGUGCCAAGUUGAUGAUACCCGGUUUAUUGAGAUAUGAAGAAGGCAUUGAAUUGUAUGACGAGGUUGUUUUGAUCACAACCAAAGGUGAAGCCAUUGCCAUUGGUAUUGCUCAAAUGACCACUGUUGAUUUGCAAGGAUGUGAUCAUGGUGUCGUUGCCAAGGUCAAGAGAUGUAUCAUGGAAAGAGACACUUAUCCAAGAAGAUGGGGUUUGGGUCCGGUUGCACAAAAGAAGAAACAAUUGAAGGCCGAUGGAAAAUUGGACAAAUACGGAAGAGUAAAUGAAAACACACCAGAAACUUGGAAGAAGGAGUACAAUGAUUUGGAUGAACAACCAGCUCCAGCUGUUCCAGAGUCAAAAUUAGUGGCACCUGAGCCUCAAUUACCUAAAAAGACUUUGAUUGAAGAAGUUGAAGUCAAGGUUGAAGAUUCGGAAAAGAAGGACAAGAAGGACAAGAAGGAGAAGAAGGAAAAGAAAGAGAAGAAGGAAAAGAAGGAGAAGAAAGAGAAGAAGAGGAAGGCUGAGGAUGGUGAUGACGACAAGAGCGAAAAGAAGAAGAAAUCCAAAAAGGAGUAA